AUGCUUUCAUCAUAGUAAUAAAGUAACAUAUUGUUUAUUUAAGGGAGAGGGUAUGAAAUUGUUAGUGAAAUCAAGUAAUAAGGUGCUCAAUCAACGAAUUAUAUUGCAAAGUGCAGUGGGGAUUCAAAUGAAUAAGUUAUCAUAAAACAAUAUGAUUAAAUAAGAAUAGAUGAAUUAGAAGUGCUGAAGAUAAUUCAAAAAGAACAAAUUGAUAAUAAGUUUAAAAACAAACAUAUUAUUAAAAUACUUGGAAUACAAGAUUGUUAAUAGAAAGAAUAGAUAAAUUUACGAAUAGUUAUGGAAAAAGGUAAAAAUAAUGCAUAAUAAUUGAUUGCUAAUACAUCUUUAGAUUUAGUUCAGAAAUUUAAACUCUUUAAAUAAGUAAAUUAAAUUAUAUUUUUAGAUGAUUAAAGGAGUUAAGGAAUUACAUGCUUUAGGAUAUGUUCAUCGAGAUUUGAAAUUAGAGAACUUUGUAUAUUUUGAAAAUAAAAAUAAAAGUUAUAAAGUCAAAUUGAUAGACUUUGGUUUAGCUAAAAAAGGCUCCACAAGAUUAAAAACAUUAUAAGUAGGGACUUGGAAUUACAUGUCACCUGAAGUUAUGCUAGGAGAGGGUAACUAUGAUAAUACUGCUGAUAUUUGGAGUCUAGGAAUCAUACUCUUUUAAAUAUUAACAGCAGAAUCAUUUUUAAAAGGUUUUAAUUUAAUUAUAUGUAGCUAAAACUACAAAAGAAUUAAUAACUCAGAUGAAUGCUUUAACAUAGGAGUAGAUAGAUAUGAAAAUAGAUCAAAUCAAUUGUAUGCAGCCAUCAGAAAAGGAAAUAAUUAAGUCUCUGUUAUAAAAAGAAAGUAAAAACAGAUUCAAUUUGGAAAUAAUACUAAAGCUAAUAGAUUAACAUUUAAAGACAAUUAAGGAGUAAGAAUAAAAAGAAAUAUAAUAAUUUAAAGAUCAAUAAUAAUUAAUAAUAGAUUCUAUAUAAUGCACAAUUAAGAAUAUCAUUUAAUUUCUAACUGAAAAAUAACCAAUAAUUAAUCAAAUUAAUUUAUAAAAUCAAAAAAAAUAAGAAUUGUUAACUUACAUUAAUAAUGAAUUGUCGAAAUAUGAAAAGAUUUUAUUAAAAAAUUAAUAAAGAUAUAAAACGAUAUUUUAAGCAUAAAUAAAGGAAAUGCUAAAAAACAAUGAUAAUGAACUAUCUUAAGAAUAUUAAUAAUAUAAUAAUGACUAGAAACUUAUAAUUGAUAGAAUCAUGUAAGAAUAAAGUUAACUAGAAUAGUUUGUCAAAGAAAAAGAAUAAGAAGAUAGAAUCAAAAUAGAAUCAGAAUAGAAAUUGAAAUUAGAAUAAGAGUAGAUAUUAACAAAAGAAAAAGAAUAUUAUCAAUCUUAAUUAAAACUACUUAAAUAGUAAUUAAAUUAAUAAUCUCCUUAGAUUUAAUAAAUAUAACACCAAAUUGAUUUUUAUCAGAGAAUAGAAAUUUAAAUUUAAUGUGAAGAGAAUAUCCAAGAUAUGAUUAAAAAUAAUUAACAAAUAACAUAAGAUAUUUAAACAGAGGAAUUUAAUGGGAAAAUAAUUGAGUAAUCUGAAUCACAGCAACAGCAAAUUAUGACUUAUUAAUCAUGCAAUAACAAACUUGAAUAAAUUUUAUAGGCUUAAAAUACACUCAAAAUUCAAAUUGAAGAAAUAAAUGAGCAAAUUUAAUAAAGAGAUAGACGAUAUUUAAGUACACAUGAGUAAGAAGUUGAGGAAUUAUAUAAAGAAUUAAUUGAUUAUUAGGAAAAAUAUCAGUAUUUAACAAAAAAGGAAAAAUAUUCAAAUUAAAUAGCAUAAAUAAUUCACCAGAUAGGACAGGCUAUUGAUUUCUUAGAUAAUCUAAAAUAAUUGAUAUCGAAAAGAACAAUUCCAGCUUAUUUAUAGUACUCUCAAAUAAAUUAAUAAAUUCAUAAAUCAAUAGUGAACUUUGAAAAAUAAUAUGGUUAAUUACAUUAACAAAUUUAUUAUGAUGAACAGAUAGAAUUAAAAAAUCAAGAAAGAAUAAAAAAAUUAGAAAUGGCAAAAGAUUAAUUUGAUAAAUUUAUUAUAAAAAUGAAUAACUUAAAAGAUUAAGCGAAAAUCCUAAUAUAAAAUGAAUAUUGUAAUAAUGAAAAAACAUAAAAAUUAAUAAAUACAAGAUUAGCAGAGAUUGAAUAAAAUAUAAUGUAAUAAAAAAUGUAAUUUGUAAAGUUUACUUAAUUGAAUUAAUUAGAUUCUUGUGAAAAUAUUAAUAGCUAUUUAAAAUAAUUAAAAGAAUUUUAGGGAAAGUUAAAGGAAGUAGAACUUAAUGAAAUAGAAUAUUUAAACCAAUUAGAGUUAAUCAUUAAAAUUGUAGGAGAAGAAACUAAAUGUGAAUCAGAAAAAGAAAUUCAUACUUUAAAUAAUCAAUUAAAAAAUAGAUAUACGGAAUAUAAAAAGGCUCUGUAAUCAAUCAAAUUUCAAUUUGAAGGUAUUGAGUUUUAUUAAUAAAUGAAUCAAAAUAAAGAUAAUCUCCAAAAAGAAUUGGAAUAAGAAAUAAGCAUUUUGAAUUAGUAUUCAUAGAUUAAAUCUGAAAACAUGCAACUAUUGGAAAUAGAAUUACAAUAAAAUACAAAAAAAUAAGGAAAGUAAUAACAAUUAAUUUAAAAUAUACUCAAUAGAUUCUAAUACACUUGUUAAUAAAAAGGAUAGAGGUUAGAUGAUAUAAUUAAAAAAGUUGCUCAAAAAUAAUAAGAAAUAAAUUUUUGCUUAAUGGAUGAAAAUCUAAUUAAGAAUUAUGAAUAUUUAAAAAUGUUAGAAGAGCAAUUCUCAAUAGAAUUAACUUCAAUAAAUUAAAGGAUAUCUAGUUAAUAAUUAAAUGAAUUAAAAGAAUAUAUUCUAAAAGUCUUUGGUGAUGUUGAUAAAAUAAUGAAGAAUAUUCCAGAAAAAGAUGAAAUAGAAAAGUUCAACAAUACUUUUCUUUAAAAUUUAGAAUCAUACUAGAAAAUUUAUGCUUUAAUUAAUUAUAUUAAAUAAUAUCACUUAACACGGUAUUAUGAAAGAAUCAAAGAAAAUGCAAAUUAAUAAAAGUCAAAACAAUAGAAUAAUAUAGAAAGCGACUAUUAAAAGUAAUUCUAAUCUAAAUUAUACAUGGAAUUAGAAGAAUACACAAAAAAAGAGAAAGAAGCUUAAGAUAUAUUCUUAAGAUAUGAAAAUAUUUUAUUUAAAAACUACAAUAAGAUGAGGACUGAAGAAAUGGAGAAAGAUAAAGAAUUUAUAGAAAACAAGAUUUUAGAAGUAGAAAAUUCAAUAAAAUAAAAAAACUUAGUGAAAUUAAAAUCUAAAUUGAAAGAUUAAAACAAAAUUAAAAAGAUCAUUAAUGACUAAGAAUAUUAUAAAAUAAUUGAGUUUACAUAAAUGCUGAUAUUUAAAAUAAUAAUUAAUAAUAACGAUUGA